AUGAAGACGCUUCACCUCCUACCUGUACUGGCGACUGGCACAAGCGCAGCUCUCACGUACAAAGGCGUCGACUGGUCCUCCCUGAUCGUCGAAGAGGAUGCUGGCACUUCUUAUAGCCCAACAGAUGGCACCGUUCAACCGCUCGAGACAAUCAUUUUCAACUCCGGCGUCAACAUCGUCCGACAACGGGUCUGGGUAAACCCAUCCGAUGGCAACUACAAUCUCGAUUAUAACCUCCAACUCGCCCAACGCGCACAAGCCGCAGGCCUAGAUAUCUACCUCGACUUCCACUACAGCGACACAUGGGCCGAUCCUACGCACCAGACGACACCGUCAGCGUGGGCGGAUUAUGGUAUCGAUGAUCUUGCCUGGGCGGUGUACAACUACACGCUAUCGACCAUGAAUAGUUUCCAAUCCGCCGGCAUCCCCUUGACGCUCGUCUCCAUCGGCAACGAAAUCACCGCGGGCAUGCUCUGGCCUCUAGGCGACAUCGACGAAACAGACGGGCCAUACAGCCUCGCUCGUCUGCUGCAUUCUGCUUCGGCGGGGAUUAAGGACUCGAACGUAUCGCCUCAGCCGAAGAUCCUGAUUCAUCUGGAUAAUGGCUGGAACUUCGAUACGCAGGAGUGGUGGUACGAUACUGUUCUCUCGCAAGGCCCUUUCACGGCGGAUGAUUAUGAUGUUCAGGCUGUGUCGUAUUAUCCGUUUUACAACUCCGCCGCGACGUUGGCUUCCCUGUCCUCUAGCCUUACCUCUCUGGCAUCGAAAUAUAGCAAGGAUAUCAUGGUUGUCGAGACGAAUUGGCCGGUCGAAUGUCCGAAUCCAAGUUACGCUUUCCCGGACAAUACGACUGAUAUCCCGUUUUCGGCGGAGGGUCAGGCUACAUGGCUGAGGGAUGUCGCGGAGGUGGUUGAGGGUGCGGGUGGGACGGGCGUGUUCUAUUGGGAGCCGGCUUGGUUGAGCAACGCGGGUUUGGGAAGUAGUUGUGAGGACAACUUGUUGUUUUCGUGGGAGGACGGAGUGGCGAGAGCGAGUUUGGAUGUAUUUGCGGAGUUGUAG